UGUUCGCACUAAGCGCUUGAUCCCAAGCAUCGCCAUAUUGACGUCCCAACAACGCUGAGAGGAGAUACUGCCUUGCUGUAGUCCCCAGUGAUGACUGUAUUGAGCCCUGUACCUCCUGAUUAGACUGGUUGGAUGCCCCCAUUUAACAUUCAGCUUUCUUACCAUAAAGGCAUCUCGACUGCUCCCGUUUCAAUUCAUCUAUCACCAUCAUCCUGGAGGGAACCUCCCAGGAGAUUUAAAGAAGAUCCCGUAUAGAAUAUGUCUGGCCCUGUCCCAAGCCGCUCUCGAGUUUACCCAGAUGUAAACACACAGAGACCUCGAGAAUAUUGGGACUAUGAGUCCCAUGUUGUUGAAUGGGGGAACCAAGACGACUAUCAGCUAGUCAGAAAAUUAGGGAGAGGCAAAUAUAGUGAAGUGUUCGAAGCCAUAAACAUCACAAACAAUGAAAAAGUGGUCGUCAAAAUACUGAAGCCUGUCAAGAAAAAGAAAAUCAAGAGGGAAAUAAAGAUCCUGGAGAAUCUGAGGGGUGGCCCAAAUAUCAUCUCACUGUUAGAUAUCGUCAAGGAUCCUGUGCUAUACAUUUCUUCUUCUUGUAAUUCUCAGUCCCGAACCCCUGCUCUGGUCUUUGAACAUGUGAACAACACAGAUUUCAAGCAAUUGUAUCAAACCUUAUCUGACUUUGACAUACGGUUCUACAUGUAUGAAAUCUUAAAGGCUCUGGAUUACUGCCACAGUAUGGGGAUUAUGCACAGAGAUGUCAAGCCACACAAUGUAAUGAUUGACCAUGAACACAGAAAGCUCCGCUUAAUCGAUUGGGGUUUGGCAGAAUUCUACCACCCAAACCAGGAAUACAACGUGAGAGUGGCAUCCAGGUACUUCAAAGGCCCUGAACUGCUGGUAGACUACCAGAUGUAUGACUACAGCUUGGACAUGUGGAGUUUGGGUUGCAUGCUCGCCAGCAUGAUCUUCAGAAAGGAGCCGUUCUUUCACGGUCAUGAUAACUAUGACCAGCUGGUGCGAAUUGCAAAAGUACUCGGCACCGAGGACUUGUACGACUACAUUGACAAGUACAACAUUGAAUUGGAUCCACGGUUCAAUGACAUUCUCGGAAGACACUCCCGCAAAAGGUGGGAGAGGUUUGUGCACAGCGAGAACCAGCACCUGGUCAGCACGGAGGCUCUAGACUUCCUGGACAAACUGCUGCGCUAUGACCAUCAAGCCCGCCUCACGGCCAGAGAGGCCAUGGAUCACCCCUACUUCUAUCCCAUCGUUAAAGAUCAGGGAAGAGGGGCCACUCCUGGGGGGAUGGCUGCCAGCUCCACACCAGUCAGCUCCUCAAGUAUGAUGGCUGGCAUCACCUCAAUGUCCUCCUCACAGCCGCUGGCUAACAUCGCUGGAUCACCCGUCAUCGCUGCGCUCAACGCCCUGGCCUCGCCGCUCCCUGCGCUCGCCGGGGCUCAACCCUGAAGCCACUUCCUCAGCCGUGUUUAUGUGUGCUCAUGGCCAUGUCCCGUCGAGCUCUCACUGCGGCCCAGGGCCAUGGCUCCCCUUUUUAUGUUGAAAAUAACAAAGAAGAAGAUUUAAAUUGCUUUUCACAUUCAGUUAUAUUUUGACACCUGGACUUGACAGAAAUGUAUUGUUGCACCUGUCAGGAUUAUUAGAAUUAAUUUGAGUGUGUUAUUUGACAAUGCCAUUGUCUAGAAACUCGUAAUAAGAUGUAGACAUGAAGAGAAUGGAUAAUAAAAUUUAUUUUGUAUGUUCCAAAUAUACAGUCUUGCUUGAAACUGUUUGAUGGGGAUCCUGCUGUAUUACACUGUGAACCAUGACAAGAUUUCACAAAACGGAGUUGGGUAUCUGAUGUGCCCCACCUAACGGUGCUCGCUGGUUGCACACAAUGUAAUGUGCAGGAGUUGUAGGUGUUUUGAAGUUGUUAGAUGCUAUAAUUCAUUAAUUGGACUUUUGUAGAUAUUCUACAGUUACUGUCAGGUUGCAUGCACCCAAUGCUGAGUAUCACAGGGUCAAUAGUUUGCCAAUUUUAUGUUACUUUCACUUCUAUAUGUGUAUGUAUGUGUUCAUGUUUGUUUUUUAUGAAGUCUCUUACACAUGAUUUUGAUUACAUAGACAAUUUUGUAACUUUUGGUUUUAUGUCGGGAGGAGUCAUCACCUACAAAAACAACUUCAAAAAUAAACAAUUUAAACAGGGCUUUGCAGUAACUACAUGUUAUUGAGUAAACCAUCUCUUGACUGGUCGCAUUGGCAAGACAUGGGUUUAAUAUAACAGAAUAGCGUGGUCAGCAUGUCCAAAGACCUUUUUUUAUGAUAAAUUAUUUUUGCCACCAAAUUAUUCUGUGUUCAUGAAGUGGAUUCCACAGACUCCCAGGCUGUUCAGGGUGUGUGUGGGUCCUUAAAGUCUUAAAUUGCUUUCCCUAAAAAUAAGGCCUUAAAAAGUCUUACAUUUCACUUGUUUAUUCCUGUAGACACCCUGCUGUUAGUACAUUCAAGGUUGAAGUAAAAGUGAGUGAAAUGCA